GUGAUCAGUGCAGGAGUUUGUGUGGUGUUGAUUUUUUUGUGCUUCAUGCUUUUAAUGUAAUAAUGUCUGCGCUGUCAGAAUACCAUCAAAGUUUAGAAGAUGAAGCUAAGGCUUGCUACGAUGCAAAGAUUGCUGUUUUGGGGCAAGAUCCUUAUUGUCUUUGUCUGUCUGAGCUCAAACCGAUAAAGGACUGCCAAAUGCAAGAAUUACCUGAUCUCAGCUAUCCCGAUAUUUACCACUAUCUCCUCAACGUACCUGGUUACAGCGGGAAAGUCCUGAAGCCGUACCAGAGCCUCAAGGCUUACAAGUACUUUUCUGCUGGAUGGGUCAGAUCUGUCAUGGUGUACACAAAGGAUGACAAGUUUGUCGUUACCAGCACGAUGACCCAUGAAGAGAGGCCGCUGGACGUUUGGGUGAUCUGUCAGUCCAAUGGAGUCGUUCUUUCAGGUCACUGCACCUGUAUGACGGACCGGGUUCAAGCCUGUUCACAUGUUGGAGCCACUCUUUUUGCAGUUGAUGCCUGGGUACGAGUACGGCAGGAAACCUGCGCGUUGCCGUUAAACUGUCAGACUGUUUUGGUCAAAGAUGAAGGAUCAACACCGCUAACAGCUGCUUCCGCAGAGGAAUCGAACUCGUUCUACCGAAGUCUGGCACAAUCGGGUGCCAAAAAUGUCAUUCUGUCUGUGAUACCGGAAUACUGCGAGCAGUUCAAACGAUCAGCCUCUCUGGGACUGCCGGCGCCCCUGACCGAUCUAUACUCAGAUGAUAACUCCAAACUGUCCUUCCCUGAACUGUUGGAAAGCUGCACAUAUGCUUUCCAGGAUAUGAUUCUAACACCUGAUCAGGUGAGGCUCGUGAAAGCUAAGACGAAAGGAAAAAUGGAGCGGAAACACUGGGUUAGACUAUGUGCAGGGAGAAUUCUAGCAUCCGCAUUUAAAUGCGUCUGCCGAUCAGACUACACGAACCCCACGCAGACUUUGAUCAUGGCUGUGUGUUAUCCAGAAAUGCUCCCGGUUUACACCAAAGCAACAGAAUGGGGCUGCGCACACCAGUCGACAGCCAAAGUGGUGUACGAGCAAUUACACAUGUGCAACCAUCGGCAGGCGGUCAUACGUAAUGAUAUGGGCCUAAUCAUCAAUCCUCGGUAUCCCUACAUGGGGGCGGCUCCGGAUGGGUGCGUAUCCUGUGCGUGCUGCGGUGACGGACUGGUUGAGAUCAAAUGUGAGGUCUGUGCAACAAUAUCAAUGGAAGAUCCGAGUGACACCAACGUUUCCUGCUACACUCAAGAUCACACCGGUGCACUCAUACUGAAGACGGACCACGCGUAUUAUUACCAAAUACAGGCUCAGCUGCACAUCACUGAAAAGAACUUCUGCGACCUCGUUGUGUGGCGUCAAGGAUCUGUGUACAUGGAGAGAAUCACACCCAACAAUGACUUUUGGACCAACUGCGUGGAAGAGAGCUCAAAGUUCUACAUCCACUGUGUUCUUCCCGAGCUGCUCUCCAAGUGGUUUUCUCGCGCCAGACAAGAUGCAGACACAAUUUGCUACUGUCGUAAAUUAGCUGUAGGUGGUCUCCUCAAAUGUCAUAACGAUAGCUGUCAAAUAAAGAUGUUUCACCUCAACUGUCUCGGAAUGAAAAAACCGAGACCAAACUGGCAGUGUCUGGAGUGUCAGAAAGUUCAGCGUAACAAGCACUGCCAUCCCUGAGGUCUUACAUACAUGUGGUUGGACAGAAAUAGAUGGCGUUUGUAUGCAUUUUAUUUUAAGGUCAGACUUGGGUUAAAAUGCAAACUUUGCAAUUACAGAAUUGUAACAUUGUUUUAAACAAACAUGUUGGAUAUCUGAGAGUUUUGACAAAUGAUACUGAUUUCUUUCAAAUAAACCUUUAACAGGA